AUGCUAUGUUCUGUUGUGCACACAACUAUGCAGUGCUUACAUAAUUCGGAACAAUUUGAACAAAAGAUCCAUAUCGCAAACACUCCGCAGACAACACUCGAAGCAAUACAGACCAUUGCCAAAAUGUUCCCUACUCGCGCGCUCUUUGCGCGGUCGGUCUGGAAGGGCCCGAAUAUCGUUCCCCUUCCUCUCCCCCGCCAAGUCCCCCCACCACCGAACCACCCUCCGAUCAAGACGCAAAAGCGAGCCGCAACCAUCCUCCCGAACUUUGUGGGCCUGAAAUUCGCCGUGCAUAAUGGGAAGACGUACCAUGAGGUCGUAAUUACCGAGGAGAUGGUUGGGAGGAAGCUGGGGGAGUAUGUUCCCACGCGGAAGAGGUUCACGUAUAAGCUGUCGAAGAACAAAUAG